GCUCUAAGAGCAAAUGAGAGCAGCUUGUGCUCCCUUCCCAAGAGAUCAGACAGCAGCAGGAAUGAGUGGGAGGUCAGUUUGCAUAACCCAGGAACAGCUGUGGUGGGGCUUGAUCCAUAGUUGGACAAAGUGAGGAAAGAAAGACCUUGUGGAGGCAUAUUAACUCCGUGGAGAAAUAUGUUUUCCUCAAGCUCUUUGCAGAAAUAGUUGUAGCUGGAAUUUGAAUAUGAAUGUAGGAAUAGGUAUGGGAUGGUCUUUCAGAGCAUCUUUUACCAUUCUGGGUCACAGAAAGCAUGCAUGCUGUUCUAUUCACUGCAAAGGAUCUGUGAAGUUCCUAUAUGGUAAAAACUGCAACAUGUUGAAAAGCACACAUCCUUGGGCAAUUGUGGCUCUCAUGGGUGUGCAAAAGUGUCACAACUCUCCUCACAUUGCCAUGAUCCCAGCAGUGACAUGCAGCAAACAAACAAGAAUUAGGUCUUCUCCUUAUAUGAAGGUGAAGUGACCUCUAUUGUUGGCUUAGUAGUCAGUAUACUAGGCAGCUACCAGGGUCCUGGCACCCACCACACUCUGCCAUAAUGCUCCCCUCCUCCUCAUGAGCAUGCCCAACAGCUGGACUUACCAAGAGACCAAAAAAAAAAAAAAAAAAAAAAGACAAGAAAAAGAAAGAAAGAAAGAAAAAAGAAAAGAGGAAAUGCAUUGCCAAAAGAGAGGACAAAGGAGGACAUAAAUUUACAUUAAAUGUGUGUAUGUUAAUAUAUAUAGGUGCAAAGCUAAAAAUGCUAUCAUAAUUUAGAAACAAAUACAGUGCAUUUCACCACAGAAUGGAAGGCUGUGGCCAGGUGACCAGCGAGCCGCCUCAGUCUGUAAUCCAGGUGAUGUGGAUGAGCAGCUUCAGGGCCCAAUUAUUCCUUUCUGUUGUUUCUUUAGCUUUAAACUGGACAGAAUUUGGAACAGAAGGCACCUCCAAAAUAAAGAACAAUCCUUUGGCAGCUGCUCAAAUGGAGAAACAGCCUCUGUAAAAGAAGGCCCAUAGCCACCCUUGUGGUGAGCACGUGGGAACCCACUAUUUUAAAUCAUCCACCAAGAAUGACACUGAGUUGAACUAUUGUGGGUUCAGUGGCAGGCAACUGGUACUGGCGUUCAUCAUCAGCUCUAAGUCUCAUCCCUAUAGCAGUGGAGGUUUUUUCACUGCAAGUGAACUUCUGUAUGCCCACACUAGCUUUUAAAACUAUAUGCUUAAAGAACAGUGUCUGAUGAAGAACCAUUUUGCAGAGCACAAUGUUUGCCUAGGCACAGUUAAAAGGAUUGUUCAAAUCUCCUUUGACAUAUAUCUAGCAAAAGCUAGGCAAGGACCAAUGGUCAAGCUGCUGAUGUAAACUUUCUAAAUAUCAGUGCUGCUCAAGCAGUGCAAAAUCUGGGUGAGGGAACUAUUGAUGAAUCGGCUUUCAAAUUCAAGCUGACAAUAAGCUGAAUAUUUUUUUUCCCUGUAAUGUGAUUAACUGCUAUGCUUUUAAUGGACUAAUUAACUGACCAAAAGUAAUAUAUGACUUGCUUUUAAAAACACUAUUUCAGAAUAUUUAAUGGUAAUAACAGGGUUUUUUUCUGAAAUUGCCUUAAAAGCAAGGUGCAGAAGUGCAGUCAUGCAAGGAAAGAUUCCAGUGCAUGCCUGGGGAAUGGGGAUGUACAGAUUUUGAUAAAUUUGUUCGAUUGGUAUUUCCCACUUGUCAAGCUCUUUUGUUCUGUUGUCUCCUUUUUUAGGGAUGUAUGAGAAUUGUCUUUCAUUUGUGCUAACUGAUAUUACUGCUGAUGCAGUAAGGUACAUCAAGACUAGUGCACGUUGGUGCCAGUCCCCCACAGAAGUGAAAAACAGGUCUGCAAGUCUGCAGAAUCUGCAUAACCUGGAAAAAGCUGGCCUGCUGUGGCAUCCACAGGCCAGAUUGAUAGAAGCCUGAAUUAAUUUGAAUCUAUUGUGGAAUCUCCAGUGCCCCUAAUGGACAGCCAGAUUUCCACAAUUAAUAUACAAUUAAUUAGAUAAAUGUUUUAUGCAUACAGUAGCCCAUUUUGUGAAUGGAGCAUACUUUCAUGUGCAGAAAAGGAAGGCAGCAGCUGCACAGUCAUGUGUAUCAAGAGCAAGAGUGAGGAACCUGUCGUGUUCCAGGUGAUGUUGGAUUACAGCUCUCAUCAGCCCCAGCCUCACCCAGACAGCUAGUAUGGAACUUGUAGUCCAAAAGUGUCUGAGGGACCACAGUUUCCUGACCCCCAGUCUGGAGUUUCACCACAGAAUAGAAAUGGGGUUUUUAAAAGGAAACAAAUGAAUGAUAUGAAAGUGCACACUCAGAUAACUGUAAUGUUCUGGGCUAACACAUUAGACCUCAGGGCCUGGAUUGAUCUUUUACUAUUAAGAAAGGGCAAAUUGAUCUUUUACUAUUAAGAAAGGGCAAGACUCCUUCCAACACUUGUGAGCUGCUGGGGUUUAGCCUCCCCAGAGGUAGAAAAUUCUGUCAAACUUAAGCAGAUCCUUGGACUUUGAAUUAAGUUUCUUCUGAAUCUUGUAAUUUGUUAUAUGGGAAAGAUCAGUGUAGAUGAAAAAUAUUACUAGAUCAAAUUAUGAGUUCUUCCAGCACAGGAUGAAUAGAUGAAGUUCAAUGUGAAACAGAAUCUGUUUGGAAAAGACAGCUAUUGAAUGAUACAUUUUAAAGCCCACAGAGGUUUUAACAUCCAAAUUAAUUUCUCCAUGUUCUGGAUCAGCUGCUUCAUAGUUGUGAUUAUUGGAGUGUCUAUCGCCUAGCUGUUAAUCUUGGAUAAAUGUUCUUAAUGGACACCCUCUUGUUUAACAUAAAAUAGCUAUGUUAUUAAAUUUCAAUUACAUUUGAUGAGUCACUUGUGGUUAAUGCUGACAGGAGCAUAUGUUUGUGGAAAUAACACCUUUGGCACCAUGUUGGAAAUCAAAUGUAUCGUUUGUGUGUCAGUUUAUUGAGGAACAUUGAUCUGUCAUACACUCAUAGGACUGUUGUGGACUAAGGGUCCAUCGGGGUUUAAUUCUGUAUUCCCUGGGGGCUUUAGCUGACUGCAAAUGCAGGAGUGGACACACUGCACUUAUAGAAGGUUCCAGGUUCAGUCCUCACCUUCUUACACUUAAGCAGUGGUGUGAUCCUCCAGUUCUUUUGACCUGUGACUUCAUCUGAGGUAGCACCCAAAGUCAUCAGGACAACUUCAGAAUAAACCAUUUCAAAGCAUUGACCUUGAAGGAACCCUGUCCCCACAUUUGCAAGGGUUGUGAAGAAUAGCUCCAUUUGAUGCACUGUAUGCAAGUACGCAUUAAAUUCCAUGAAAUCUUCAUGACAGUAAGAAUGGUAGGAGUAUGUACGUUAUGCAUGCUAAGUGCCGAGAAGCGGAAAAAUGAGCUUUCCCUAUACGGGAGCUGUUGCCAGGCAACUAAAUGAGAGAGAGAACUUCCUUAUUCCUUCCCUUUCCUCUUGUUUUGCUUCCUUCCUUGCAGCCAAGAAACACCUUUCUUGGUGUCAGUGUAGUAGAAGAAGCCUGAGCUACGUAUGGCAGACUAUCUAUUGUACUGGCAUAACCAUGCCUGUAGCAGUUGUAUGAACAAACUAAUGAUUGUAUCAACAAAUACAGCAGUUGCUGUUCUGGCUUAGAAGCUCUAGUAUCACCCAAAAACAUUCUUGUUUAGCCUAUAUUCUUGUCUGAAGAAUUGUUCUGCAACUGGUUUCAAAAUUUCUCUGAGCUAAUUUAGAGCUUCAGAAAACUGAAGGUUUGUAGAAGCUGCAGCAGGUUUUGCUUUGUUUUUACUGUCCCUUUUAUAACAAUUGUGAGUACAAAGAACAAUUGUGGACACAUUUCCAAAUAUGGUCCAAUGAUCUGUGCUGUCCAUUUUGAAUAAAUCUAUAUUUAAUUACUGCUUAAGCAGAAAUAAGUUUAGGAGAACAGCAGUAACAUUACUGGAAUUAUUACUUUAGGACAGCAAGCUUAUGAGUAUUUACUUAGAGUAAGUCCACUGAACUUUGGGGCAUAGUUCUGAGUAAACAUGCCUAGUAUUGGCUGUAUGUUAUUUCAAACUUCAUUGUCAGAGGAGAAAUUUACAGAUAAACAUGAACUUCUCUUAUUAUAUUAAAAUAGGUGUGUGUGUAUGGGGAGAGAUGGUGAGUCCACCGUCUCAAGUAAUUGAAGGAUUGUUUACAAAUGAAAUAGAAAUUAAACAUGACUACUACUUCCCCUCAAUUUUUCAACCUGUAUAAUGGGAAUAUGGCUAUUUCCAAAAUGCCUUAGUACAAACGCAGCAAAGAUCAGUGCAAAAGUGAACCACUGUGAAGGCAUCGUGGUGCUGUAAAUGCAGUGUGCCAGAUCUCCCUCUGUAACGCAGCAACCAAAUCUCCUGCAGGCUGCCUAAUCUGUAUGCUUUGUCACAGCCUCACACCAUCCGCUGGGUUAGCACCAUGGCAACACCAUGGUCUUUAAACACAGGAGCUUUUGCUUGCUCGCAAACAGCAUUAGGCAAUUUAAUUAAGAAGAUGGCAACAAGGGGUGGGGGGCGGGUUGUCACUUUAGAGCCACUUCAUUAAAUUCCACCACAGUGUGAAUCCCUGCAUCUUCGCUCUUUUAUCUGGAUGGAGGAGAGCGGACCCCUCUCUCCCCUCUUCUCAUGUUUCAAAUGAGCUGAACUGGGGAGGGAGAGGCGCGGAGAACAUGCUCUCAUCACCCAGCGGAAAUUCUGCUACAGCGCUGCUUUUGGACCUAGUUCUAAACAUCUGCUCCAGAAUCCCCCUUUUCAUCCUACAAAACUGUCAUGAGGGGGCAGAAAGGGCUAGCAGCAGGAACCUCUCCUACAGAGAGCACCAGAAAUGCUUGCCAUACUGGGCAACCGUAGGAACCAGGAAAGUUGUCACCUUCAGUGCUGGGGGAGCCUUGCCCUCUUCCUUCUCUGCCUCUUAUCGCCCUACCACCUGGCAAGAGGAGGCAACCAGCCCUUCCAGACACAACGCCUAAUGAGCCAUGUGUGGAUCCUGAAGUUGCCACAGGUUGCUCCAGGGUGGGUGGAGCUACAGGCAGGCAGGACUGUUCGGGCUCAGAGUUCCUUCCAAGCAAUUGCCAGACGAUGCCCUUGGCGAGCUGCCCUGGCUUGCCUUUCAGCCACACUCCGAUGCUUGCUCCCCACGGAGCUGACCAGGGUCCUGAUCUCUUGUCGCUGGCCUGCCCUUUUUUCCAAGUCGGUUCCGGUGAUUUCCAAGCCGGAACAGGAGAGAAACAAUCACAGCAACCCAGUGCAGGCAACCCAGACGUGGAAAUAGUACGUGAAGAAAGAAUUGGGAUUGGUCUCCUUUGCCUUGCUCAUGAUUUGCAUGUGCUGAUUGGCUAAGCUGCACUUUCAACCUGUGCUCUGCAUAACUGCAAGGAGAUCGCUAGCUUGGUGUGGGUACUGCACAGGUCCGGGCAAUGUGCAGGGGAAGGAAAGAAAUCAGAUGAGCAGGUGUGAACCUCUUGCCUCCAUGUGCUGACUAGUCCCAGUUCUUGCCUGUAUGCACAGAACUGGAGCAUCCUUCAUACCAACAUGUACCAAUUAAAGUCAACAGGAAGGUUUGUUUGACCCAAGAGAAGAAAUGAGCUAGUUCUGCUCUUGCAGUCAGGCAUAUGUCAUGUAUAAGCAACCAUCUUAAAAACUGCUAUGCCUGAUAAAGGGUGAUAUAUCACUACUGAUCUUUAAGUCAGGAAUGCUUACACAAUCAGCCACUACAGUCCUUGGAUUGUAUCCAAUGUUAGUCCUACUUAGAUUAUACUCUGAAAUGAGUAGAUUAAUUAAACUACUUUACUUUACUCCCAUUCACUUCAAUGAGUCUUCUCUAAGUAGGAUUAGCAUUGUAUAAACCUAUUAUUGCAGUAUUUACCAUCUGGGUUUAAUGGGAGAGAUUUAUGUGCCAUACACAUAAAUAAGCACACAGCAGAUAGCAAUAAAAAGGUGCACUUUAGUGUUGUCAGCAGGGGCAACUGAGGAUGUUGCCAAUGUGGACACUCUGAAUUUUGAUACUAAAUAAUUUGGCGGUUCUGGUUUACUCACUUUAACCCCUCUGCUCUCCUCUUCUGAGCAAGCUAUCUGCUUCUAUAAUCAAAAUUUACUAGAAGGUAUACAGAAAUGCCUCCCUUGUGACACUCGUCUUUCUGAAUUGCCUUCUUCUCUUGAAAUGGACACAUGUCCUUUCAUCAUGGAUUAGAAAGGUACCUUUCUCUCAGGCAUUUCCUAAUCACUAAAGCAGGGCUUGAUAACUUAGAUUUUACAUGCUUGAUUUUUUAAUUUGUAUUUAUUGUGAUGCUUAUUUUGUUUGUGGGUGAUCUGCUUUAAGAUCUUGAAUUAGAUGCAGUCUGUCAAUACUUUAAAUAAAUACCAGGACAAUUCUUAUUUUCCAUCCUUAGUAAAUUGAUCCCUCAUUGUCUUUGUGUUCGAAGAUUUUGGAUACAAAUUUUCCAAGGAGAGGAAAGGGUUACUGUGAGCUGCUGAAGUUGCUAUUUUCAGCUUUCAAUUCCUCCAUGCAGGAGUUGUGGAGGAGGCAGUUGGGUGCAACUAGAUUCUAGCGCACAUGCAUCAUAACAUAUGCAUCCAGAGCCAAAAUGACAGUGUUCGCCUUUCCUUUCUUAUGGUCAGCAAGAAGACCUGCCUGCCUAAAUAAUAAAUGGACCUAGAGAAUAAAUGAGCAGGUAAAGAGAGACUUUCACUACAUGUCAUCGUGCGGGAGGGCAAGGAUCAGACUGUGAUUCUUGGUGUAAGAAUAAGGGCAGUCUAAUUAUGCUGGUGGGGCAGAGAGAGGUGUUGCAGCUUUGCCAGCAGAACAACCACUCAUUUUUCCCACAGAGGGGAGGGGAAUUGCACUGCUAGGAAAAACAGGUAUAGCCUGAGAGUGGAAGGCAUGCUGCCUGCACUCCUGGAAGCGCUUGGUCAGACACCAAGACCAAACCGGUGAAGGACAUUCCUCACCUGGGUCCUGAGGCCUGGAUGCACUUGCAUCAUCCCCAAGGUGGCACACCGUUUCCCCCUGAGGGCCAAGUACCAGUCUGCCAAAAUGUGAGGAUCACUGAGUUUAGUUCUGCUCAGAAGAAGCAGGAAAAGGCCUUGGCAUGUACCUUUGGUAGCUGGUGCUUGCCUACCUCCUGCCUUCCUGCCUUCCUUGAGUCCAUGUACAUAGGUCACUAUUGCAUGUGUGCGUCACCAUGUGUAUGCACGCAUGUCUGUCAGUGCUCUCACACAUGUUCACACAUGUCUCUGCGUGAGAUGUGUGUAUCUGGCACUGCUCAUGUGUGCAUGUGUCAUUGCAUGAGGGAAUGGCUGUGUUGCAGGCACAUGUAUGUAUCUGCUGCUUGCAUGUGCACAUGUGUAUUUUGCUACAUGCACAUGUUAGUGUACUUGUUUCUCAUCACAUGUCUGUGCGGUUUUGUCUGUUACCACUCAGAGUGUUUGUCUAUCACUGCUCAGGCUUGUAUGCGUAUAUGUUGCUACUUAUGCAUGUCAGUGUGUGCUGUUGUGUUGUGCCAUAUCAAGCCACAUGCAUGCACGCCUGUUGUUGCGGGCAUUCAUGUGAGUCUGUCACUGAGCAGGGACUCCUUUCUUCCUCCCUGGACUGCAGGGAGAAGAUCUCCUCUGAAGGCAGCCGCUGAGAGAGGCAAGAUGGCUCACAUCCAGAAGGUUCCCACUUCCUAUGGUAUGAGAGAGAAUGGGCUCAUGCUCCUCCCAGGGACUCUGUUGUGCUUUGGCCAUUCUGCUGGUGCAUCUUUAAUGAGGUCACUAAAGAAGAGGCCAUUCAGAGGAGGAUGUUCCACAAGUGUAGCGCUGCUACAUCAACGGCCCUUCUGUGAAAGCUCAGCAACUUCACCGUGCCAAAAGAGGGGACAUGCAGCAAAUAUGGAUAGUGGUUUCAUAUCAAAAGCUAAGUCGUGAAUGUGAUCUUGGACCAUGAAGUGAGAGCAGCUGGAAAUCAACAUGGGAAAGAUGCAGUGAGAUGACAGACAAUGAGCAAAGCUUGGGGCAUGUUUUGCAGCAUCUUCCCCAGGCCUAGGAGGAAGUAAGUAGCAACUAAGCAUCGUCCAGAUCCCUUCCUACUCGUAGCUACAGAGAUGUGUGGGAAAUACAGAAGUGGGGACAGCCUGCUCAGCCUAUUCCUUAACCGAAGACAGGUAAAGAUGAACAUUCAAAACUGACUCCAAAGACAAAGAUGUGACAGACAGCAUUUCAAAAACAGGAUCCACAGUAACAAGGCAACGUCUGAAGUUCCCUGGUUCUACACAGCAUGGUAAUGGUGAGUCCUCAUAUUCUUGGCAGUUAAUCCUCUUUCCUUGUUCCAUUCUCCCUCAAGUUUCAAAGUAUGUUCUGUUUGUUUGUUUAUUUAUUUACUGUAGCUAUGACUUGCUGUGAUGGCCCAUAUUAUUUCCCGUUUGAGUUAUGCCUUAUCUUGUCUUUCCUGGUGAUCUUGCAACCCUAGCAGCCACCUGGGAAUUCUUAUUACCUCUGGCCAGAUAUCAAGAUGCACCUUGGAGUUGGAAAAAGACAAGCAAGCAAGAUAAAUCUUCUGGGUAUCUCUCAUUUGUCCAUAGAAUUAUACAGAGUCUCCAGCAGGGCUGGUGUCAAACGUAGUCAUGUUUGGGCACCAGAUGAGAGCCCUCACUCCGGCAGGGUACCACUGAGAAAAGUUGCUUCUCCUCUUUACUGUUGCGGCCUUUUUGAUUAUCUACCUCUUGUUCUGACCCAAACAAGAGGGCUCAUGAGAAAGAGGUGCAGUAGACGAUACUGCCUGCAUCUUCACUGGCUCUCUGUCUGUUGAGCAAGAAGCAAAUGAUAGCAAUGAUGAUAAAGAUGAGAAGCGAUAGCAGUUAGUGACAAUGAUAGCGAGAAAGUAAACACAGAGAAGAAUGAAGCUUAUGGAAGGUCUCUUGUCCAGUGACCCUGAAAAACCUGAUUUCAAGGCUAUCUUAACAGCAAUUCAAUACACAUCAUAGAACACAGCCUGAGACAAAGCUCCCUCUUUGUCUUCUAUGAACAAGCCAAGAUGUUAGCGGUCCCUAAAUCCAUUUUGGGAUUCUGUCCAAAGGAGCCUUUUACAGCUCCUUUCUAAGACUCCUCAAAAGCUCUUCUGGAGGUGGUUUACUCCUCAGUCAUCCACUACCAGAUGUUGCUUUUUGCUCUUUCGAAGAAAACAGUCGAUGUUUCAUGCCUAUUUGGUGUGUGGGCUGGAUCUUGUUUUAAAUCUCCAUUUAGAGACUUGUCUGCCACCACUCUGUACUGCAUGGACUCCAUCUAGAAGCAAAUCUGCUGUCAAUUGGGCCUUAAGAUGUCAAAAUUGCUUCCAGCAGAUCUUCUAGCAACUCCAUCCUAAUUGUAUUUCAGGACUUCAUAAGCCAUCAAAGCCACAUGCUAGGUAUUCAUCUGAGUCAAAGUCUUCUGAAAUGUUGUUUCAUCCAGAUAACCUCUAAGUGGCUUUGUUUCAUUCUCAUCAAAGGUCUCAUUCAUGUGUUUCACUCUGCUGGUUUCAAUGUAACAAAUGGAAGCAUAGCUGGUGGCAAAAAUGAAUUGUGAUUCUUUAAUCUAUUAUGUUGGGGACCUGAAAAUAAAGCUACAUUUUUGGCUUUAUGAUUCAGCCCCUUUACUUUUAUUUCCUCCUCUGUUCAGACCUGGACUCUCUCCCCCAUUAUGCAUUUUAAAUUUCAUUGUUUUAUUGCUGUCCUUUUAUCCCUUUACAUAUCCCAUCUUUUAUAUUUGUUCUAUAAAUUCAUGCUGUGCCUCUUUACCUGUUUGCAAAAUUAUUUGUUAGUUCUUAUACGUCACGGUGCCAUAGUCCCACCUUGACCCAUGGGCUGGUCUAUCAUUUUGGCUGUAAAUGUCACAAAAAGGGGGCUCAGGAGAACGCCUUCACAUGUUAGAAGCAGGUAUGAGCCAGUCAUGAAGCCCUGCAGGUUAGCAUUGCUCUGCACAGCCCAGCACCUGCAAACCUUCUGGUCUCCUGCUUGGUGAGCAAGGACGUGUCCCUGUAGGUACACUGCUUGCUGUACAGGUAUGCAGUGUCUCGGGCCAUUCAUGAUCACCCCGCACACGGAAGAGCUGUGUUCAUGGACACUGGUAUAUAUAUAGGGCCCUUCUCAGAGAUGCCGAUUAUGUGGCUGGUGGGUGCCCUGGCAGUGUACACAGGAUCAGCCCAUGCUGUCCCCACUCACUCACUUUUCAUGUAUGGGGGGCAUGUGUUUGAGUCUCUCAGUGGCAGGGCAUAUGAAUGGUUAGCUGCAUUUUUUUGCCAUUCAUAUCCUUGUCGAACCAUUGGGUUUCCCAAUGCUCUCUGCCAUUAUGUCCCUUUCUACACAUCUUCCUGUCUUUAGUUCUCAAUGUUUUUUUUACUUUAUUUAUCCUUCUAAGCAUGUUCAGAAAUGUGAACAUGUAUACUACCACCACCAUCAUCAUCAUCUAUUUAUUUUAUUUUUCGAUUUAUAUCCUGCCUUUUUCCUA